UGACAUCCGUAGGGAGGGCGGGGUUACUUCGAGAGAGAGCGCCUGGGUAGUUUUUUCGGAAGCUUCCUUGGCUCAGGAAAGGAGCGGUGGGCGCCGACGGCAGCUGAGACCACCAUGUUCCGCCUUGAGGGUCUGGGGCCCAAGCUGGACCCGGAGGAGCUGAAGCGCAAAAUGCGCGAGGACGUUCUCUCUUCCAUCCGCAACUUCCUCAUCUACGUUGCCGUGCUGCGCAUCACUCCAUUUGUUUUAAAGAAGCUGGACAGCAUAUGAUAAUAAGAGCUUCGAGGAUUGCCUGCAUGGAAGACCAAACUGGACUUUGAAUGCUUUUCUAAGAAUGGACUAUAGUUAAAGUGACUCUAUAUCCUAACAGAUGGAUCCUGAACAUUUCCAUAUGAAGAUUGUAGAGCAGCUGAAAAAGUAAAAUAUUUUUGUCACUUUUCUUUCCAUGUGCCAGACUUUUGUUCUUGUCUUCGUGUUGGUGCAAUCUUGUUCUUAUUCAGAGCUUAUAAUCAGGCCUGAUUUGGGAAAGCUGCUAAAUAUGCAUUGAAAUAUAAUUAUAUCUGAAGCGUUCAUAGUGAUAUUGUUGUCACUUAAUACAGUGUCCAUGUGAAACCUUCAGGAUAUAUCCUGAAAGAUUAAAAUAAAUGGACUAUAUGUUCUAA